AUGUCGGCGCUCGCUAUGGCACUCACCUCAUUUAGACGUGACUUUGGACUGAGAAACGUCGCUCAAAGUAAACGCGACACAAUUCAUUGCAUCAUUGUAUCAACAUUCCAGGCUGGCUGCUUCUUCGGCGCUCUUUUCGCCUUCCCAUUGGCGGAAAAGAUCGGUCGCAAGAAGACAAUGAUCAUUGCCUCCUCCAUCUUCCUUCUUGGUGGCACACUGAUGACUACCGCCCAAGGUACUCUCGAGAGAAUAUACGGCGGGCGAGCGGUCGCAGGUCUAGGCAUCGGUAUCUCCUCCAUGACAGUUCCCAUAUACAUCGCUGAAGUCGCUCCACCGUCCAUCAGAGGUCGACUGAUAGGAAUCUUCGAAAUCGCAUCACAAGGUGGAGGUAUGCCGGGCUUCUGGAUCAACUACGCCUGCGACCGGACCAUAAACGUGGAACGACCAGCUCAGUGGAUCUCACCUCGAUGGUUGGCGCGAGGCGAUAACUUCGAGGGCGCCGAGAAAAUUUUGACACUAGUGAGAGAUCUGCCGGCAUCACAUGCGUACAUCCAGCAUGAGAUGAGCGGAAUCUGCGCUCAAGUUGAGGAGCGUAGCACUAACCGCAUGAGUAAAAAGCAGCAGUUCAAGAAGUUGUUCCAGGAGGGCGUUAGAAAUCGUAUGGCCAUUGGUCUGGCAUUGAUGUUUUUACAGUCAUUCACAGGUGUCAACAUCAUCACCUACUACGCUCCACGCAUUUUCGAAACCCUCGGCAUCUUAGACACAUCCCUCAAACUGUUCUCUAUAGGCUUCUACGGUAUCUCUAAGACGCUCGGCAUGGUAACCUUUACCUUUGUUGUCGUCGAGCGCGUGGAACGUCGCAAGGGCCUCGUAUGGGGUGCAGCUCUCGGCUGUAUACCCAUGUGGUACAUUGGCGGCCAUGUCAUGAAAGCUGACCCAGCUGGCGCCGCUCUCCAGGGCGUCGUGAACCGCAACGGCUGGGGAUAUCUUGCUAUGGUGUGUGUCUAUCUCAACGCCUUCAUCGUCUGUGCAACAUGGCAAGGUAUCACAUGGACCUACGCGUCGGAAAUCAUCCCGCUUGACAUCCGCAUGUUGUGUGUCUCACUCACCACAGCAGACACAUGGCUGGGAUCGUUUAUUAUUGCUAGGAGUACACCCUACAUAACCUCCGACUUGGCAUACGGUGCAUAUUUCUUCUUUGCUUCGAUUCUUGUUGCGAUGGGGAUCUGGAGCUUCCUUCUUGUGCCUGAGACAAAGGGUGCCUCGCUUCAAAGAAAUGGACGAAUUGUUCAUAAAACCGAUGCACCAAGCAGUCUGGUCGCAACUACGAGGAAGAUCUAUCUUGACGGACGGACGAGAGGUCGUAAGAAGCAAAGAUCUUGA